AUGAGGUUUGGCAAGAAAGGAAAACUAAGCCCUCGGUAUAUAAGACCCUUCGAGAUCCUAGAAAGGGUUGGAGCGGUGGCUUAUCGUUUGGUGCUACCACCAGCCUUCUUGAAUAUUCACCUUGUAUUCCAUGUGUCAAUGCUUAGAAAGUAUAACCCGGAUCCAUCUCAUGUAAUACAGUAUGAGAUUAUCCAGCUGAAAGAUGAUUUGACCUAUGAGGAGCAACCGGUAGCUAUCCUUGAUUGGCAAGUCAAAAAGCUCCAAUCAAUGGAUGUAGCCUCAGUGAAAGUGUUGUGGCGGAAUCAAACUAACGAGGAGGUAACAUGGGAAGCCGAUGAGGAGAUGCAAACAAAGUAUCCCCAUCUCUUUGAUGCUUAG